GCGCGGCCGCCGCUCGGCGCCUUUAAGGGAGCGGCAGGGAGCGGAGAGGCGGCGGCGGCUGCGGUGGCGACAGCCGAGGCGAGCGGGGCGGGGGCGCCGGGCGCGGCGCUCGGAGUCCGCUCGGGGCCGGAGGCGGCUCAGCGGCCGGGCCCGGAGCCGCGAGGAGCGCGGGCAGCGCAGCCGGAGCCGCCGCCCGGGCCAUGGCCAAGGCGGGCCGUGCAGGUGUCCCUCCCUCAGGUGGUGGUGCCCCCUGGCACCUUCGAAAUGUCCUCAGCGACUCAGUGGAGAGCUCAGAUGAUGAAUUCUUUGAUGCUAGAGAGGAGAUGGCUGAAGGGAAGAAUGCCAUUCUCCUCGGCAUGAGCCAGUGGAAUUCAAAUGACCUGGUGGAACAGAUCGAAACCAUGGGGAAAAUGGGGGAGCAUCAAGGAGAAGGGGGCGCUCCGUGCACAUCCAGCACCCUCCAGGAGAAGCAGCGAGAACUCUACCGGGUUUCUUUGAGAAGACAGAAGUUCCCAGCCCAGGGAAGCAUCGAGAUCCACGAAGACAAUGAGGAAGGCUGCCCGCAGCGCUCCUGCAAGACGCACGUCCUCUUGCUGGUGCUGCAUGGAGGGAACAUCCUGGACACGGGCUCAGGAGACCCAUCCUGCAAGGCAGCCGACAUCCACACCUUCAGCUCUGUGCUGGAGAAGGUCACCCGUGCCCACUUCCCCGCAGCCCUGGGCCACAUCCUCAUCAAGUUCGUCCCCUGUCCUGCCAUCUGCUCUGAGGCUUUCUCGCUCGUGUCUAACCUGAACCCCUACAGCCACGAUGAGGGCUGUCUCAGCAACAGCCAGGACCACGUCCCUCUGGCCGCCCUGCCCCUGUUGGCUAUCUCCUCCCCGCAGUACCAGGAUGCAGUUGCCACCGUCAUCGAGCGAGCCAACCAGGUCUACGCAGAGUUCCUCAAGUCCCCUGAUGGCAUUGGCUUCGGUGGGCAGGUGUGUCUCAUCGGAGACUGUGUGGGGGGUCUCCUGGCCUUUGAUGCCAUCUGCUACAGCGCGGGGCCCUCCGGUGACAGCCCUGGCAGCAGCAGCCGGAAGGGGAGCAUCAGCAGCACCCAGGACACCCCGGUGGUGGGGGAAGAGGGCAGCCUGGCCAGCAGCAAGCGACUCAGCAAAAGCAGCACCGACGUCCCCAGUGCACUGGGGGACCGGGAACCCAGGAGGCUGUUGCCACGGAAACAGAGCGACUCCUCCACCUAUGACUGUGAGGCCAUCAGCCAGCAUCAUGCCUUCCUAUCAAGCAUCCACUCAAGCGUGCUGAAGGAUGAGGCUGAGCCCCCUGCAGCUGGGGGGCCCCAGCUCCCCGACGUCAGCCUGGGCCGCUUGGACUUUGAUGUGUCUGACUUCUUCCUCUUCGGCUCCCCCCUGGGCCUGGUCCUGGCCAUGCGGAGGACGGUGCUGCCUGGGCUGGACGGUUUCCAGGUGCGUCCUGCCUGCAGCCAGGUCUACAGCUUCUUCCACUGCGCAGACCCCUCUGCCUCACGGCUUGAGCCACUGCUGGAGCCCAAGUUCCACUUGGUGCCACCUGUCAGCGUGCCCCGCUACCAGAGGUUCCCACUGGGUGAUGGACAGUCCCUCCUCCUCGCCGAUGCCCUGCACACCCACAGCUCCCUCUUCCUGGAGGGCAGCUCCCAGGGCAGCCCGCCGCUUCUGGACGCCCCUGCAUCACCCCCUCAGGCCCCAAGGUCCCAGUGCCUGGGACGGAGGAUGAGCCAGGGCAGCUCCCACAGUGGCAGCUCAGAGUCCUCGGACAGCCUGGCACCUGUGGGCACCUCCCACAUCACGACCAAGUGGUGGGGAGCCAAGCGCAUCGACUACGCGCUGUACUGCCCUGAUGUCCUCACAGCUUUCCCUACCGUGGCCCUGCCCCACCUCUUCCACGCCAGCUACUGGGAGUCCACGGACGUGGUGGCCUUCAUCCUGAGACAGGUGAUGCACUAUGAGAGCGUGAACGUCAAGGAGAGCACCGGCCUGGACCCUGCUACCCUGAGCCCAGCUGACCCCCGUGAGAAGUGGCUUCGGAAGAGGACCCAGGUCAAGCUGCGGAAUGUUACUGCUAACCACCGGGCCAACGAUGUGAUUGCUGCCGAAGACGGCCCCCAGGUCCUGGUGGGGCGGUUCAUGUACGGGCCCCUCGACAUGGUGGCCCUGACAGGAGAGAAGGUGGACAUCCUGGUGAUGGCUGAGCCUUCCUCGGGCCGCUGGGUGCACUUGGACACGGAGAUCACCAACAGCAGUGGCCGAAUCACGUACAGUGUGCCGCGGCCCCGGCGGCUGGGGGUUGGCGUCUACCCGGUGAAGAUGGUUGUCAGGGGUGACCAGACCUGUGCGAUGAGCUACCUCACGGUGCUGCCCCGGGGCAUGGAGUGCGUGGUGUUCAGCAUUGACGGGUCCUUUGCGGCUAGCGUGUCAAUCAUGGGAAGUGACCCCAAGGUCCGGCCGGGGGCAGUGGACGUUGUCCGGCAUUGGCAGGACCUGGGCUACAUGAUCCUCUACAUCACGGGGCGGCCGGACAUGCAGAAGCAACGGGUGGUGUCGUGGCUGUCCCAGCACAACUUCCCACAGGGCAUGAUCUUCUUCUCCGAUGGGCUGGUGCACGACCCGCUGAGGCAGAAGGCCAUCUUCCUCCGCAACCUCAUGCAGGAGUGCUUCAUCAAAAUCAGUGCGGCCUAUGGCUCCACGAAGGACAUCUCGGUUUACAACGUGCUGGGCUUGCCGCCCUCCCAGAUCUUCAUUGUGGGCCGGCCCACCAAGAAGUACCAAACCCAGUGCCAGUUCCUGAGCGAGGGCUACGCCGUGCACCUGGCCGCGCUGGAGGCCAGCCACCGCUCGCGCGCCAAGAAGAACAACUCGCGCAUGAUCCUGCGCAAGGGCAGCUUCGGGCUGCGUGCGCAGCCCGAGUUCUUGCGCAAGCGCAACCACCUGCGCAGGACCAUGUCGGUGCAGCAGCCCGACCCGCCCGCCACCCCCAAGCCCGAGCGCGCCCAGAGCCAGCCGGAGUCCGACAAGGACCACGAACGGCCCCUGCCCGGGCUCAGCUGGGCGCGAGGUCCUCCCCGGUUCGAGUCGGCGCCCUGAGGGCCGGGCUGUGCACAGAGCAGGGGGGCCCGACUGGGCUGCCUGCGGGGCUGGAGGAGCCGCCUUCUCCCCGACACAGGCCUUGUCCUGCUUUUUCCCUCCCGUGUCUGUCCAGCAGUGUCCGACCAGAGUGGGGAGGGACCCUGCCCAGCCUUGGAGGGCUCCUUAGGCUGCGACGGGUGAGACCCCAGGGUCUCAGAGCAGCUGCUGCUGCCCCGCCAUGCCUGCGGCCGCCAGCCCAAGUCAAGGCUGAAGUGUGUGUAACCUGGGCCAGCCUGACUGCAGCUGGAAGGUUCGACAGCCCGCCGUCUUUCUGAGUACCUGAGGCUUCCGCAGCGAUGCUGGGCAGGCUCUAAAGAGAGAAGCACCCAGACCAGGGAUCAGCAGCCGCUGGCAGGCACAGCUUCCUGGCUGGCUGGUGGAGGGCGAGUGGCAUUUGUGCCUGUCCUUACGGUGACAUCUGGGUCACACUUUAGGUCCCGCCCUCCUAUGGCGAAGUGGCUACUUUCUGGGAGCGAGACGGUGUCCCCUGGGUUCAUCCUAUGUUCGAGGUGUCUGUCCACGGCCCUGGGGGUCAGGGGUCUGGUGCUGACGGUCUGUCCUGCAGCUGUCCCUUGUCCCCACUUCUUGUCCUCACCACGUUCCCAUGGCCCUUGAGGACAGCUGUUCCCCUUUCCAGUGUCCUGCCCGGUGCCCUGUCCUGUGCGGCUGUGGCCCGGGCUCUGGCCUAGUUGGGCUGGCUGUGAGCCCUUGAGUCCAGUUGCUUGCCCUCUCUGGACUCCGCCUUCCUUACAUGAUUGGAGGGGGUCUCUGCAGCUGAGAUUGGUGUGAGUUUUUGACUCCUGGGUUGUCCUGCAUUUCUGUCCCCUGAGGCUUUUCAGGCUUGUGACCUCCUUGGAGUGCCUAGUGACCUACACCUCCCACAGUCUGAGAGAGGGGCUCUGGGUGGGCCGGGAGGGAGCAGCCAUUGCCUGGCCACUUCAGAGAAAGCCCCUCUGGGGUUGGGGUUGGGGUGGCUGGGAAGGGUCCCUGUUCCAGGAAGAGGUUUGCUUUGCACUGAUGCCCAGACCCUGGUACCCCAGGACAGAGACAUCCCCCAGAGGGCAUGACCUGGCUCCCCUCCCCAGCUCUGCUCAGCUGAUUUCUCUCUUUUGGCUCCUGGAAGGCAUAGAGCUGAGAUCCCAGAGUUCUGGAGUGGGGGGCAUCCAUGUAGUUUUGGCUCAAACUGUUGUACUCUCUUGCCUUCCCCCUGCCACUCAGCUUGGGUUGGUAACCCCUAAGGUUGGCAGGGCUUGGCUCUCCUGGGACCCCUCAAUGCCUGACCAGACUCUCCUGCUGCUGAGCCCCUGGCCUGGGGAUUGGUUUCCAGCACUCUCCCUGCUCCCUGGCCCAAGCCUACACCCGCUGUGUUGGGCCACCCAGGCCUGUCUGUCAGCCCCUGUGGCUGCCUCAGAGGCUUGUCCAUCUCUUCAGCCUGGGCUCUGUGUCAGGGGCCAGGCUGCCCCAGGGCCCAGGCGGCUGUGUUCACAGCAGGCACCUGUGUUCGCUCAGUGUUGCUUCUGCUCAAUGUCUACCUCUUGCAGCUCCCAUGUGGUCAGUGUCCUCCCUGACAGCAGCUGCUGGUGGGGGCAACUGGCACCACUCUUGUGAAUCUCCUGGCAAACUGGGCACCCCACUGGAGCUGGAGGGUUGUGGGCUCCCAGUUCCACUAGAAGUGUGUCUUCUCCAGUCUGUCAGCUCUUGGCUCCACUUUGCACAGCAUCUGCAUGCAAGCCUGGAGCUGCUGGCAAGCCUACGGGGAGGGGUGGUCACCCUCAGAGUCUCUGAUCCUGCCUCCUGGCAGUUCACAAUUGCCUUUCCCACCCUUGGCGUUCCAUCCCUGAUGGCUUUCCAUGAUGCACCAGCUCAUAUGGCCUAGCCAUCUCCAUCCUGAUCUUUCCCAUCCCUUCCAAAAUAUACCCAGGAUUAAAUUUGGGCAGAUUUAGUCUGGUUCUCUACGCUACCAUCUCCUUUUUGCAGAAACCACUGAUGUCUCACCCUCAACUGAUAGAAUAAUUAGUGUGAGCUACUUCUCCCCAAUUUGAUUCCCUCCUCCCUUUCUGAGAACCCCAGGCUAGAAGCAAGAGUGCCAGGACCCCCGGGGCAUUUGGAGUCCAAAUGAGCAGGUUCUGUGGUUCUGGGGCUGCUGGGACACAGGGUCCAGCAGGAGAGCCACCACCCUUUCCUUGCCGGAGCUCUGGAGAGGGGCUUCGAAGACUCACACCUGAGAUGUGAAGGUGUACAGUGAGACAUUGUGACCACAAUGCUCUAGCUUUAGUUGGUGUGUGUGAGUUUGUAUGUGUGGUUCUGUAUAGUGACCGACUUGGACAAAUUACAUGUCAGUACUGCAUUCACGGCGACUCUGUAACCAAUAUGCACUUUCUGUACUAGUGGUUUGUUCAAAUGUGUCUGUCCAGUUAAGCGGGAGAAAACGAACCCAGUUGUGUUGUCCUCUGGAGGGGGUGCCGCUGCCUCUCCCCAAGUCGUUCUGUGACCCCUAAUCUGGAUGUUUCUAGAGAAUCCUUCCAGCUCUUGGUGUGCUUGCUCCCAGGAGCUGUAAAACAGAUCUUCCUGCCUGACCAAAGCUCCUUGUUUCUCACGUGGCAUGUUCUUCCCAAAGUGGUGGCUGUCCUAACGGAGGGCCUGCCUGGCGCCUUCCACUACAUGUGCCCUGUUGGGGAUUCAGGGUGCAUCCAUGCCAGGGCCUUCUCUUCUGACAUUGUGGGUUUUUUCUAAAGAUCUCGAUUCUUCCCUUAGGUUCUGCAAAAUAUGGAUUUCAAAAAGUAGGCUCUUUUCAUGCAUUUGGAUGAAUGGCCCUCCCCGCCUGGGUGCUGGGCCACAGAAAACAAACAUGCUUGAACUCCAGUAUCCCAGAGAUUACUGGCAGAUAGACUUUUUGAAAGAGGGGAGGCUGAAUCUCCUGGUUUUUAAACUGUACUUUUUCCACUUUGGAGCAUAUGCCUGUACCCAGGAAGUGUUCUGCAGGCAAAAGUGUGGCAUCAAUUUUUAAGUGAAAGCCAGACCCCGAGGCAGGUAGACAUGGAUCUAGUGGUGGCUCUGGUUUGCAGCGACACUCUCCUAUCCAGCCCAGGUGCAACCCCACCUGGGAGCGGCGCCCUGACUGCAAAGGAGCCUUGCAGCAUGACCCUGCCUUAAAUAGCCAACUUUCCCGCCAAAUCCCUGGCGUUUGGGUGCCAAGUGCCCUGGAAACCUAUUUUCUUUGGCUCAUCCCCUCCCUCUAGGCUUGGGGGAACUUUCUUAAAAAUCAGUUAGGCUUAGGUCCAAGCAGGGAGGCCUGGCUGGGGUCCUGCUUUUCUUGCUGAGAAACCGACAGGGCAGUUGGGAGGAAAGUCUAGGUCUGACCCCACCCUCGUUGGGACAAGGAGAAACAGGUGACACUAGGGAGGGCCAGGCCAGGAGGGCAGCUCAAUCACAAGGACCCUCCCCCCUCAGACCCCACUGUCCUCUAUUUGUUUACUCGGUGGUGGCAGCCUGCCUGAUCUCGCCUGUGGUCUGACUGUUUCUAAGUGUGUUAACUCAGUAUUAUCUGUGGUGAACAGGUUAUUAUACUCCUCAUGGCUGCCUUGUACAAAAUCUGUUAGAAAAGAAAUGUAAAAUACCAGAUUUCUAACAUGACAAAAAACAGCAUUACAGAGUUAAAAGAUUUUUACAACUGGUCUUGAUUUUGAUGUGAGCUGGUUUUUAACUCUCCAACGUUGUCACUUAAAUAAAAACCUUAUUUGCCUUUAAAA